AUGAAUCGUUUCUUCACUGUAAAGGAAGAGUACCCUGGGGGAUCCGGAAAUCAUUCGCCGGCGGCGAAGAUGACGUUGACUGCGGUGGCGCCGCAGCCGAUCGAAGGUCUCCACGAGGUCGGGCCGCCGCCGUUCCUGACCAAGACAUUCGAGAUGGUGGACGAUCCGAUCACAAAUCACGUCGUCUCGUGGAGCAGAGGCGGCACCAGCUUCGUGGUCUGGGAUCCUCAUUCCUUCUCCACCAACCUCCUCCCUCGAUUCUUCAAGCACAAUAACUUCUCCAGCUUCGUCCGCCAGCUCAACACUUACGGUUUCCGCAAGAUUGAUCCGGAGCGAUGGGAAUUCGGCAACGAGGAAUUCCUCCAGGGCCACAAGCAUCUGCUGAAGAACAUCCGGCGAAGGAAAGCUCCUCCUAAUUCUCCUUCUCCUCAUCCAUCUUCUUUCCAUUCUCAGACCUUAUCCGUUCCUCCCAAUCAAUUUCACCUUCAUCAUCAUCAAGCAUCGGGGGGCAGCGCCGCCGUCGAGCUCGGCCGGUUCGGUUUCGACGGGGAAAUCGACCGAUUGAAGCGAGACAAACAGGUGCUGACCUUGGAGCUGGUGAAGCUCCGGCAGCAGCAACAGAGCACAAAGGCCUACGUGGCGGAGCUGGAGCAGAGGCUGCAAGGAACCGAGACGAAGCAGCAACAGAUGAUGCAGUUCCUGGCCCGGGCGGUUCGGAACCCGGCCUUCUUGCAUCAGCUGGCGCAGCAGAAGGGGAAGAGGAAAGAGCUGGAGGAAGCCCUGAGCAAGAAGCGGAGGCGGCCGAUUGACCAGGGCCGCGGUAGUAGGACUACCAAUUAUGCCCUUGGCGAAUCGAGCAAUCGGCCAGUGAAAUCGGAGCCGCUGGAUUUCGGAGCAUCGCCGUUUGGAUUGACGGAGCUGGAAGCCCUGGCGCUUGAGAUGCAAGGGUACGGGAAGGGGAUUAGGAAGGAGAGAGAGGAGGAGGAGGAGGAGGAGGAGGAGGAGGAGGAAGUGGAAGAGGACGGUUUCGAAUCUACAUCAGAUCGGGAACUGGAUGAUGGAUUCUGGGAAGAAUUGUUGAGUGAGAGCACCGGCGACGGCGGAGGGGAAGAACAGGAAGACGUCAACACCUUGGCCGAGCGGUUAGGUUACUUGCGCUCAACAAGUAGUACGUAG